UGGAAGCCCCCGGUCUACGACAAGCCCGACGCGGACACGAAGUUCGUCACGGACAUCCUGCCCAAGCUCUUCUUCCUCAGCGGCCUCACGCGCAAGGAGCUCGGCGUCCUCGUGGGCGCCAUGAAGGAGAUCCCCUUCGCGCCGGGCGCGGACAUCAUCAAGCAGGGCGAGGAGGGCGACAUGUUCUACAUCGUCAAGGACGGCAUCUGCGACAUCGACGUCGAGGGCGUCGGCAAGGUCAUGGAGAUCCCCUGCCCGUCCAAGGAGGACCCGACCGUGCUCCGGCGCUACUUCGGGGAGCUCGCGCUGCUCUACGACGCGCCGCGCGCGGCGACGGUGAAGGCGCGCGACGCGGUCACGUGCUUCGGCCUCGACCGCAAGACCUUCAAGUCCAUCCUCCAGGACACGGCGACGAAGCAGCGCCUCCUCUACGCCGACUUCCUCGCCCAGGUGCCCCUCUUCAAGGGCUUCUCGCAGGACAAGCUCAACUCGCUCUGCGACGCGCUCCAGGCCAAGGACUUCGAGCAGGGCGACGUCAUCAUCAAGGAGGGCGACCACGGCCACGACUUCUACAUCAUCGAGACGGGCACGGCGGAGUGCACCCAGUCCAUCUCCGGCGCCGAGGUCUCCGUCUGCCCGACGCUCGGCUCCGGCGCGUUCUUCGGCGAGCUCGCGUUGCUCAAGGACGCGCCCCGCGCGGCGACGGUGACGGCGUCCUCGAAACUCUCGACGGUCCGCAUCGACCGGGCAACCUUCAAACGCAUGAUCGGCGACAUCUCCGCCGUCAAGAAG